CAUAGCCAAUUUGAUCAAUCGAGGCUGUGAUUAAAUUAUUACUGUGCAAAUUUUUUAAGCCAAAAAAAGUAGUAGACUUUUCGUACAUAUAUAGACAUGUUUAUUUCGAGGUUUCAAACGUUUCUUUGGAAAUUUUCCUAAAAAAAAAUGAAAUCAACUCUUAACAUUCUUUACAUUUUAAUUUUCGCGUUAAUCGCAUUUCUUUUAGAUCCAUGUGAUGCAAAUGAUGACGCAUGUGGGAUAUUGGCCAAUAAUCUUAAACGAUCUAAUAAAGACCCAAAUAUUAGCGUGAAACACUCUGACGUUCAAGCAUGUUUUGAAUCAUUUCCAUACGAUAAGAACCUAGCUGAAAAAACAAUCGAAACGCUAAAGAAGACACUUCAAGGAUUUUAUGUAUUUUUAUCAGAAGCUAAAGAACAGCCAAGACAAGGAUUUUCUUUUACAGCUAUUGAUUUAGUUAAAGAACUAGAUUCAUUGCUAUCAAAUAAUUAUAAAACGGAUUAUCAAUUCAUGACCGAUAUAGUUAGUUUAAUCAGCGAAACGAAAGAUGCUCAUUUAAGUUUUUACCCAAGUUGUUAUUUUACAUUCAUGUAUAAUCAACAACUUUCAUUAUAUUCUACAGUUGUUAAUGAUAAGCAAGUAAUUAAUAUAUUUGCAGACGAAAUAGAUAAAAAUACAAUCGAUUGUGAGGUAACACAUAUUGAUGGAAGGCCUUCAAUAGAAGUCAUUAAAGAAUUUGCAGAUACGUUAUCUGUAAGUAAAGAUUCAGGAGUAAGAUUUAAUUUUGCAUUAUCAGGGGUAACAUUCAAUGAAAAUGGCGACUUGAUAGAAUCCCCUGGAAGCUUCACAAUUAGAGAUCAACUUCCCAAGCAAUCAUCAGUGGAAUAUUCUCUUAAAUGUGCAAAUGAUACUUCAAAAAAAUUUACUAGAGAAUGGAAAAUUAGACCAUUACUAUCUAACACAUUUAAUACAUCAAAAGAUUAUUGGAAUACAUUUUGCCUAUUAAAUGAUAGUAUUGUGUUGACAUCUAAUCCUAAAACAGUAGCACCAAAAAUUUAUAACAUGAGUGAAUGUAAAAUGGUUUACAAAACAACAAUUGCUAAAUUUUUCAUAUUAAGUGAUAAUAAGACUGGAGUUGUUGUUCUUACAAGCGUAGAUCCUCCAGAUAGUUAUUUUGUUAAUGAAAUGUUUGAAAUACAAAAUGGAUUCAAUUCAUUAGAAAAAGAAGGUGUUAAAAAACUUGUGUUAGACUUCAGUGGAAAUCGGGGAGGAAGUGUAGAAUUAGCAUUUUUUAUCGUUUAUUUAUUGUUUCCAGAAACUGAUCCAUCAUUCAAUCUUGAUAUGGUUGUUACCGAGUUAUCACGUGAAGCAUUUUUUCAAGCAACAUCACAAUCUGUGCAUGAAGAUUUUGUUGAUACAUCACUUAUUCUCCCUUUAGUAAACAUAAGCAGCAAAGAAAGUAUUGCAAGAUGGGCUGCGGAAACAGCAUACAGAGUAACUACCAUCAAUUCUGAUUUCGAUAUUUUUUCUUACAAAAAUCCGGCAACAAAUGAUCAUUUUCAUACUGUUGAAGAAUUUAUUGGAAAUAAUACAUACUUAAGAGGUGGUACUUCUACUCGAUACACAUCAAAAUUUGUUAAUAGAUAUUCAGAACGACUUAGCAUAUUUAUACAAUUAUUAUCAGGAGACUUUUUUAAUAAGUAUGAAUGGAAGAGCGAAGAUAUGAUCAUAUUAACAGAUGGAUUUUGCGGUUCAUCAUGCUCUUUAAUUGCCCAACGUAUGGCAUUAAACAAUAAUGUCAGUACUGUCGCUGUUGGCGGUUAUAAAGAUACACCAUUAUCUUAUUCUUCAUUUCCAGCUGGACAGGUACUUAAAUUUGAAGAAUUAAUUCCUCAAUUAGAUGCUGCCGGUUUAUUACAAAAUGAAACACUUGCAGAUUUAAUUCCUCCACUGUUUUUGAUUAGAGCUGUGUUUGGUUUUACUCUCAAAGAAAAUUAUGAUGUUGUUAACAAAGAUAAUCUAAAUCAAGAAGAUGUAUUAGAAUUUACGUAUAAACCUGCUGAACAUAGAUAUUAUCGUGAUGAAAUAAGUGCAAGAGAUCCUAGCGUGUUAUGGUUAAAAGUUGCUAAAGAACUUCUUAAUUAAAUGAAGAAUUAUUUGUAUAUUACAAUGUUAAAAUUGAAUGGUUAAUAAAAUUUUUAUAAAUAAAAUUACAAUUGUAAAUAAAAUUACAAUUUUAAUGCAUAA